AUGAUUUCGAACGGGCACGUAAUUUCAUCCAAAACGGACCCUAAAAAUAUCCAAAAAACAAGCGAUGAGUUUAGUUCGUUAAAAAAAUAUAAUUGGUUGAUGCACUUACAGCACGUUACUGGAAGACUUCAGGAUUGUAAAUCCCUCAUAUCUAGCGAAAUAGAAAGAAGCAAAGGGAAAAACGAAUUUGCUCUUUAUAAACAGGGUGAAAUUUUGCGCGAGGAAGGAAAAUUCCAGGAAUCCUUGGAAUCGUUUCAAAGUUGCUUGCGGUUGCAUCCGGGAAAUGCGGGCUAUUUGAAGGAAAUCGGAAAAUGCCUUUACGAUAUGCAAAGAUUCAAAUUAUCUAUGGAGGCUUACUUGGAGGCGGAGAAAGCCUCCCCUAAUCCCGAUUGGCAAAAUUAUUUUUAUCUAGGACAAUGCCUGCUGAAGCUCGGAGACGUGAACAAAGCCAGCGAGUACGCUCAAAAAGCCGUACAAGCAGGAAAACAGGAAGCCUGCUACGAACUUUUGAUUAAAAUUCUAAUAAUGCAAGGCGAUUACAAGAACGCCGUGACAGUCUCGAAUUCCGCCAUCGAGUUCUGCCCGGACAGCGUGGGCAUGCUAACAGAAUCCGGCUUGCUGUUCCUGAAAUUGGGCCAAAGCGAGCACGCCUUCGAGAGGCUAAGCUCGGCUUUGGCGCUCGAACCGAGCUCGACCAAAGCUCUCCUGGCCAUCGGGUGCAUAAUGCAGCAACACGAGGAUUACGACGUGGCCUUGUCGAAAUACAAAACGGCAAUUCAUUACCGGCCCGAUUCGAUGGCUUUGUGGAACAACAUUGGGGUGUGUUUUUACGCCAAGCGCAAAUACGUGGCGGCCAUCAGCUGCCUGAAGAGGGCCCUCUGGCUGGAGCCCCUCAACUGGAAGGUGCUCUUCAACUUGGGCCUCUGCCACUUGGCCACCGUGCAGCCCGCCUCUGCCUUCAACUACUCCUGUGCGGCGGUUAAUCUGCGACCCGACCUAGCCGACCCGUUCACGGUUUUAGGAGUGGCUUUGCUGGAGCUCCAAGACCCCGAAAACGCCGUGAAAGCCUUCCGAAUGGCGCUCGGCAUUUCGUCCGAAGACGUCUACCUCGUUGUCAAUAUGGCCCUCUGCUGCUCUUUGAUCGGCUUGAACGAGGAAGCGGCGGGUUUAAUGGAGAGGUACUCGAGAAUGUUGGAGCACAACGUUACUAUUACAGAGGAGCUCGCAUCGUUAGCAGAACAAUUAAUGAACAAGCUUAAACGAAGAACAACACAGAAUGUAGAAGAAGGUUCGUCAGCAGAAAAUUACGAACCACGAGAAAACCAAACAGAAAAUGCCAAAAUUCAAGAGGAAAAUAUCGACAAGUUAACCGACGAUGAUGAAAAUUAG